CAGUUUGAUAUUUUUAAAAAUCCUCAGCAAUUUUAUAAACUCUUGCUUGUCUUCUUAUAUUUUUGUUCAUUUUCUUAGAAAUUAUCAUAUUCUUUCAUGGAGAUGAAUACUUUUCUACUAAUGGUCAUUGCUUUCUUCCUCCAUUGUUUGAUGCUUCUGUCGGCUACUGCUGGAGGAACCAACAUUGGCACUGACCAAGGUGCUCUUCUGUCUCUGAAAGCUCAUAUAACUCAUGAUCCCAACAAUCUAUUGGCCAAAAAUUGGACCACAAAUAGCUCCGUCUGUAAUUGGAUUGGCAUCACCUGCGGUGGCCUUAAUCACAGUUACAGAGUCACAGCUUUGAACAUUUCUCACUUGGGACUUGGAGGCACCAUCCCUUCACAACUGGGACAACUAUCUUCAUUGCAAAUACUGGAUGUUAGCAAUAACAAGUUCGCUGGUAUUAUUCCCAGCUCCGUCUUCAAUAUAUCUUCACUGGAAAGCAUUGAUUUCAGUGUUAACCAGUUAUCAGGUUCCUUUCCUUCAAUCACCUUCACCAUGCCUUCAUUAUUUUAUAUUGAUUUAGGUAGAAAUUCAUUAUCUGGUGAACUCCCAGAAAGUGCUUUUAGUUAUCUUCCUAAUCUGGAAGCGUUGUUUUCGGAUGAAAAUGAGUUUGAUGGUAAAAUACCAACCACUUUAUCAGAGUGCAAACAGCUAAAAUAUUUGGCCUUGUCCUUUAAUUAUUUCACCGGAACCAUACCUAAACAAUUAGGGAACUUGACGAAGAUGAAGAAGAUAUAUCUUGCCUAUAACGAACUCCAAGGAGAAAUUCCACAAGAGCUGGGCAAUCUUGUAGAACUGGAGUUACUCUCUCUGAUAACUAAUGACCUAACAGGGACCAUUCCUUCAAGUAUUUUCAACCUUUCUUCUCUAACCAGCUUGCAGUUGACAAAUAAUAGCCUGACGGGGAGCCUUCCGGACAACAUAUGUCAACAUCUUCCUCUCCUGGAAGUACUUGGCUUGUCCAUGAAUCAGUUGACGGGUCCAAUUCCAAACAAUUUGUGGCAAUGUAGAAAGCUUCAAAUGCUUUCUUUAUCAUACAAUCAAUUCACUGGUAGUAUACCGAGGAGAAUCGGAAACUUGACAUUCAUCAAUGAAUUAUAUCUUGGCUACAACAAGUUGACAGGAGAAAUUCCAGAAGAGUUGGGCAAUCUUAUUGAAUUGGAGAGAUUUUCGUUAACAAACGCAGCCUUGACAGGGUCUAUACCUUCAGGUAUCUUCAAUCUCUCUUCUCUAAUCGAAGUGGACUUGUCAAAUAAUAGCCUAACCGGUGGCCUCCCUGACAACAUGUGUCAACAUCUUCCUGUUCUUGAAGGAUUGUACUUGGCACACAAUAAACUAUCUGGUUCAAUUCCGCACAAUUUGUGGCACUGUAGAGAGCUUAGUUUUUUCACCUUGGCAGAGAAUCAAUUCACAGGAAGUAUACCAAGAGAUAUUGGUAAUUUAACAUUGGUUACUGCACUAUACCUUGGCUGGAACCACUUGAUCGGUGAGAUUCCAAACGAAAUUGGCAACCUUCCUAAUCUGGAAAAUUUGAGGCUUAACAGCAACAACUUCAUUGGUUCGGUUCCAGCUGCAAUCUUCAACAUCUCAACACUGAUAGAGCUCUCACUUGUUGAAAAUAAACUCUCAGGAAUGCUUCCACCUAUCAUAGAACUUCCAAAUCUUGAGAGGUUCUAUUUGGGGGGGAACAAUUUCUCGGGGUCGAUUCCCAAAUUCAUAACUAAUGUUUCCAAGCUCUUUCAUCUUGAUAUCGGAUACAACUCAUUCUCAGGCUUUAUUCCUGCCAAUCUAGGGGAUUUAAGAGGCCUCCGGUGGCUGUCCUUAGCAAGUAAUUUCUUGAAAUCUACUCCUGAUUUGGGUUUUCUGUCCUCUUUGAUGAAUUGCAAGUAUUUAAGAGCACUAUUAGUAACAGAAAAUCCGUUAAAUGGCAUGCUUCCAAGUUCCAUAAGUAACCUUUCUACUUCGUUGGAAAUAUUUGGAUUCGAUCAUUGCAACCUUAGUGGCAGCAUUCCUAAAGAAAUUGGCCAUUUAAGCAACUUGAUAAUCUUAUGGUCCGAAAAUAAUGAACUUAAUGGAUCAAUCCCAGUUGCACUUGGUGGAUUGCAAAAUCUCCAAGGUUUGUAUCUUCAAAAUAAUAAACUAGAAGGAUCUAUCCCACAGGAUCUUUGUCAUUUGGACAGCUUGGUGGAGUUGUUCUUGGAAAAUAAUAAACUUUCUGGGUCAAUUCCUGCAUGUUUGGGCGAUCUCACAACGCUUAGAAAACUUCUGUUAGGUUCCAACGGGUUAACUUCUUUUAUCCCUUCAUCUUUGUGGAGCCUUACAGACAUCUUGCAGCUUAACCUGUCAACAAAUUUUUUGAGCGGAUCUCUUUCACCAAACAUGAAAAAUUUGAGGGUCGUCACGGAUAUAGAUUUGUCAAGGAAUGAAAUAUCGGGUGAGAUUCCAAGCACCAUUGGAGAACUACAAAAUCUACAAAAUCUUUCCUUGAGAUACAACAGGCUACAAGGUCCAAUUCCAGAAUCAUUUGGCGACAUGAAGAGUUUGGAAUUCUUGGAUUUAUCCAACAAUGAUCUCUCUGGACUUAUUCCUAAAUCAAUGGAGGCUCUUUCGUACCUGAAAUAUCUGAACCUAUCAUCUAAUCAAUUAGAAGGAGAAAUUCCCUCUGGAGGGCCAUUUAAAAAUUUCUCAGCUGACUCAUUUUUUGGGAAUCAGGCAUUAUGUGGUGCAUCUCGUAUGAAUGUACCACCUUGCAAAACCAACACCCAUAGAAAAUCAAGGAAAAAGUCCACUCUCCUAUUGAUUGUUUUGUUGCCAAUAAAUAUUGCAUUAAUAAUAUUAUUCUUGGGUCUUAUAUUUGUGCUGAUCAGACGCAGAAAAAGGACCAUAAAGCUGCCUAUCGGUGUUCAUAUGUCCCCACAACGAACAUGGAGAAGAAUUUCACAACAAGAACUUGAGAGAGCAACAAAUGGGUGGAGUGAGAGCAACCUACUUGGUGUAGGGAGUUUUGGUUCGGUUUAUAAAGGAAGUCUUCAAGAUGGGAUUGAGAUUGCUGUAAAGGUUUUCCACCUCCAACAUGAAAGAGGUUUCAAGAGUUUUGAUAAUGAAUGUGAAGUACUGGCUAGUAUUCGUCACCGGAAUCUUGUUAAAAUCAUCAGUAGUUGUUCAAAUGAAAACUUCAAGGCGCUGGUGCUAGAGUACAUGCCCAAUGGGAACCUGGGUAAGUGUUUGAGUUCUGACAACUAUUUCCUUGACAUUGCACAGAGACUGGAGAUAAUGAUAAAUGUUGCAUCUGCUCUUGAAUAUCUCCACUUUGAUUGUUCAACCCCUGUAAUUCACUGUGACUUGAAGCCCAACAACAUAUUACUAGAUGAAAAUAUGGUGGCACAUUUGAGUGAUUUUGGCAUUUCAAGACUCUUGAGCGAAGAUGAGUCCAUGGCACAAACACAAACCCUUGCCACCAUCGGUUACAUGGCGCCAGAAUAUGGAAGAGAAGGACAAGUCUCUAGAAAAGGUGAUGUUUAUAGCUAUGGGAUUGUGUUGAUGGAAGCAUUUACUGGGAAGGAGCCGACAGAUGAAAUUUUCGCAGAGGAAAGGAGCUUAAAGCGAUUGGUUAUGGAGGCUUUACAAAGUUCAGUACUGGAAAUUGUGGACAAGAACUUGUUAUUGAGGGAGGAUGAAAAUUUAGAUGCGAAGGAGCAAUGUGUGUCAUGUAUCCUGAGUUUGGCUGUGGAGUGUACAGAAGAGUCACCAGAGAAGAGAAUCGACGUAAGAGCUAUAGUUUCUAAACUCUUGAAAAUUAGAGACACAUUACUUGCCAAUCUUGAAACUGGAAAAGGUGGAAGGCGUUCGAAUUUGAAUUAAACUUCCUUUCGGUUUGUCAGAGAUGGGAUUUGAUGUUGUUAGAUAAUUCUAUUUACAAUAAAACUAUGUGUACCCAUUUUAGAUACACAAAUGUAUACACAUUUAUAUGUGUCAUCAUGUGAUUGGAUGAUUUUGAAUUAAGAAUAAAAUAAUAACCAAUCAUAUGAUGACACAUAUGAGUGUGUAUAUAUUUAUGUACCCAAAAUGGGUACACAUAGUAUUGCUCUUCUAUUUAAUGGUAGUUUUUAUCUGAGAAAUACUCAAAAAUAGUUUUGUUAUCUCUAUGUUUCAGUUAUUGUUAGAAGACUAUUUACCA